AUGUCUUUCAACUUUCCCAGGGGAAUCGCCCUCACUCCGAGCACCAUCCCCGUACGCGACUUCCUGCCCUCGCCAGCGAGUAUCGAUGAGCCAAAGUGGAUUGAGAAGUACGGUAUCGCUGGAAGGAUAUGGGAAGCCUCGCACGUAUUGGGAAUCUAUCUCCAACCCCCAGAUGACCUCACUGUGCUGUUCGAUCCCCCAUGCCCCCUGAAAGGAGGCGAAGGUGCGGCAAAUAAUGUCAUUCUCGAGUUGGGAGCAGGUACGGGCGUCGUAGGGUUGCAGAUUGCGCGCCUCCUGCCACAUACCGCCACUAUCUUCCUCACCGACCUCCCCGAGGUGUUGCCCCUGCUCGAGCAGAACGCAGCUCGCGUGAGGGCAUGGGCAAACGCAGCGCAGAUCGAUGUUCUUCCCCUUGAGUGGGGGAAGAAAAGCGAUGCUGCGUCAGCCGCGAACCGGGUGAUGGAGCUGCCCCCGUGUGCAGGGUCUAAUGGGGAGAUGAUAAAACGUCGUUUGACGCAUAUAGUCUGCAGUGACCUGGUGUAUUUCCCGCAUCUCCUCUCUCCUCUGCUUUCUACUCUCUUGCAUCUAACUUCCCCGGAUUUUAUGGGUACCAACGCUCAGCCACCACAGAUCCUAAUUGCAUAUCAAAUUCGCAACCUCACUAAUGAGACGCCCUUCUGGGCCGCCUUUGGCUACUGGUUCCACUUCACCCCCGUCGUUCUCCAGCCCAAAUCCGUCGAUAUCGAGGCCGUGCUCAAGAACUUCAAGCUCUUCGGUCCCAUCAUCCCCCGCACGCUCAGCGAACAGUUCCGUAUACUCCCAGAUUGCAAGCCCCUGCACGGAACGUAUAUAUUCCUCUGUAGGCGCAGGUCUGAGAGGAUGCGAGAACGAAUUCCUGCAACCGAGGACUUGCUCGAUUACGGCCAGGACAGCUUCUUCGAAACGAUGCUGUUGAUGAACACGAGCAGUAUCCUGUAG